CACACACGGGGGAGCGUGCUAAGCUCUAGAGGGCGCCAGAUCAAUAACGUGGUUGGUGCACCAAGUUUUGUUUGCCCGGCGGAUUUUGAUGAGAGACACGAAAGAAGCGGUUUGGCUUGUUUGUCAAGAAUGUCUAGGAGUAGGAAUUCGGGAUCAACAACAGCGUCAUGGGGAUACAAGGCACUACGAGGAAGACCCAAACCACUUGUCGUCAGAUUAACUGAAAUCAACCAGUACAUUACAUGCCAUUUAUGCAGCGGGUAUUAUGUAGAUGCAACAACUAUCAUUGAGUGCCUUCAUACAUUUUGUAAAAGCUGUCUCAUUCAGUAUCUCCAUACCAGUAAGAAAUGUCCGACCUGUGAUGUCCUCAUUCACGAAACCAACCCGUUCAGCUGUAUCAGGCUGGAUCGGACAAAACAAGAUGUCCUCAACAAACUCCUACCAUACGUGUCAUCAGAUGAGCAUGAAAACAAGAUAUUAUUCUACAAGCAGAGAGGCAUACAGUUUCCCGAGCAAGUUGAAACACAAUCACGUAGUGCUUCACCGAUCGAUCCGACAUUACCAGUUCAGUCGACCUUACCAAUUCAGCCAACAUUACCGAUCCAGCCAACAUCACCGAUCCAGCAAACAUUAUCGAUCCAGCAAACAUUAUCCAUUCAGGCUAAAUUACCAAUUAAGCCAUCAUUACCGAUCCAGCUACCAACCCCUCCACCAACACCUCCCCCUCUUCUGCCUCCUCCACACGCCCUACCCCAACUGCCUCCUCAAAAACCAUUGGCACAGACCCAAGAAGCAGCCACGACCACAGGAGUAAUCCACCAUCUCACAGACAAUUACAUCUCACUACUAUUAGAGUUUAUUGGGGCAAGUCACAGUUAUAAGAAAAGUGGGAAAGUGUCCAAUGGCUUUAACAUCUGUUGA